AUGGCUGAUAAAACCUCUCUCGGAUUCUCCGACGAGGACACCUUCUCCAUGAGGUUAGAUGAGCCUGUGAUAGACAUGGAUAAAACGGUUUCACAAGCCGAAAUGCCAAGUAUCAUACACGAACAAGCCUUAGAACUAGAGAAGCUGAAGGCUGAAGUAAGUGCUCUCGGUGACCAGGUUGCCAAACUCAACGCCCUCAUGCUGAACUUCCCAGUUCAUUCGGUGGCGGACUAA